GAGCUGGCACGAGAUGCCUCGCUGUGCGUGCGGGCCUUCAGAAUCCAAGGCCAUGAUGGGCAGCAGCAGCUGAUGAAUUCAUUGGAAGAUCCGCGGCGGCUUCUGGAUCCUCAUCAUGCUGAGUCCGUGCUGACAAGGAUCGAAGAGUUGCAGCAGCGCGAGAACAAAGAGCUGCGAAAACAGGAAGCCUGGUGCCAAUUGCCCCUUGCGCAGCUCAGUCAUACGCUGGCCGUCUCUUACUUUGGAGAGACGUCUACGCAAGCCAUGGGUUGGCAGAAUCGGUUGGCAUCACUUUGCCUCCAAACCGGGCAAGCCUUGGAGGCACGCAAUCUGGGUGAGCGGCUGUAUAAGUCGAUAGAGCGGGCGUACGGCCCAGAGCACUCACACGUUGCCACGACUCUGAACGAGUUGGCCAAUGCCUGCGGAGCCUUGGUGAUUGAAGAGCGGGAGUUCGGCACGGAGCACGCAAGAGUUGCCAGGACUCUGAACAAUUUGGCCAAUGCCUGCGGAGCUCUUGGAGAUCAUCAGGAAGAGAAGCGGCUGCUGGAGAAGGCCUUGGUGAUUAACGAGCGGGAGUUCGGCACGGAGCAUGCAGAAGUUGCCAAGACUCUGAACAAUUUGGCCGGUGCCUGCGGAGAUCUUGGAGAUCAUCGAGAAAAGAAGCGGCUUCUGGAGAAAGCCUUGGCGAUCAAAGAGCGGGAGUUUGGCGCGGGACACGCCGAAGUUGCCAUGACUCUGAACAAUUUGGCCAACGCCUGCGGAGCUCUCGGAGAUCAUGGAGUAAAGAAGCGGCUCCUGGCCUUUGUGAUUAACGAGCGGGAGUUCGGCAUGGAGCACGCAGAUGUUGCCAAGACUCUGAACAAUUUGGCCACUGCUUGCGGAGAUCUUGGAGAUCAUCGCGAAAUGAAGCGGCUUUUGGAGAAAGCCUUGGUGAUAUUUGAGCGGGAGUUCGGGACGGAGCACGCAGACGUUGCCAAGACUCUGAGCAAUUUGGCCAAUGCUUGCGGAGCUCUUGGAGAUCAUCGAGAAAUGAAGCGGCUUCUGGAGAAAGCCUUGGUGAUACUGGAGCGGGAGUUUGGCAAAGAGCACGCAGAAGUUGCCAAGACGCUGAACGAUUUGGCCAUUGCCUGCGGAGAUCUUGGAGACCAUCGAGAAAAGAAGCAACUUCUGGAGAAAGCCUUGGUGAUACUGGAGCGGGAGUUUGGCACGGAGCACGCAAGAGUUGCCAGGACUCUGAACAGUUUGGCUAGUGCCUGCGGAGCUCUCGGAGAUCAUCAGGAAGAGAA